AUGCCAUUCAAGUCCCGCUGGCACGUCGAUAUCCCCAACACACAUCUCGCUUCGCUGCUGCUCAAAUCACCCACGCAUCCUCUCUCGACCACGCAUCGCUGUUUUGCUGAAGCCGCCCGCCCAGACACGCACUACUUCACACUCCAUGAUUUCCGACUGUGGAGCCAGCGCUUCGCGGCUGGGCUGCGCAAGGCCGGGCUCCGGCCCGGAGACAGGGUGCUGCUCUUCUCGGGGAAUGACCUGUUCUUCCCUGUUGUGUUUAUGGGGAUAAUCAUGGCCGGGGGCAUCUUCACGGGCGCGAAUCCGACCUUCGUGCCGCGCGAGCUGGCGUUCCAGUUGCAGGAUAGCGGGGCGGUGUUUCUGCUCUGCGCGGAUGCGAGCCUGGAGGCGGGGAUUGAGGCAGCCAAACUGGCGGGGAUGGGUCUGGAUCGGGUCUUUGUGUUCAACAGUGAUAUUUUUGAGGGGCGUGGGGACGGGAGGAAAGGGUGUCGCUACUGGGGGGAGCUGGUGGCCUCCGUUGAGGAGGGGAGUCGGUUCAUCUGGGAUGAGCUGUCGACGCCCGAGGAGGCGGACCGGACGCUGGCGCUGAAUUAUUCUAGCGGUACGACAGGUCGGCCAAAGGGGGUGGAGAUCUCGCAUAAGAACUAUGUUGCCAACAUGAUGCAGUACAAUUACCUGUUCUAUCUGAGCCCGGACUGGAAGGGAAAAGCCACCAGGGCCCGCUGGCUCUGCUUCCUGCCAAUGUACCAUGCAAUGGCGCAGAACAUAUUCAUCGCGGCUGCACUAAGCCGUGGGGUGCCGGUGUACAUCAUGCCUAAAUUCGACUUUCUGAAGAUGCUCGAAUACGUGCAGGAGUUCCGCAUCACGGACCUCAUCCUGGUGCCUCCGGUGGUGAUUGCGCUGGCCAAACACCCUGCGGCCAAGAGCGGCAAGUAUGACUUGAGUAGCGUGGAGGCCAUUGGAAGUGGAGCAGCACCUCUGGGUCGAGAAGUGUGCGAGGAAGUCGAAGCCCUUUGGCCGCCUGGCCGCCUCAAUGUCAAGCAGGGUUGGGGGAUGACUGAGACUACCUGUUCAAUCAUGGGCUGGGAUCCCACCGAAAAGAGCUCCACAGCAUCAGUCGGGGAACUGAACGCAAACUGUGAGGCAAAAAUCAUGGCCGAUGAUGGGGUUACAGAGUAUGGACGCGGUCAACGUGGCGAGCUUUGGGUACGAGCCCCAAACAUCAUGAAAGGCUACUGGAAAAAUCCACAAGCUACCAAGGAAACAAAGACGGAGGAUGGAUGGUUGAAAACAGGAGAUAUCGCCUACGUGGACGGUCAGGGAAAGUUUCACGUCGUCGAUCGCAAGAAGGAAUUGAUCAAGGUAAAAGGCAACCAAGUGGCACCGGCAGAGCUGGAGGCCCUCCUGUUGGAGCAUCCUGCGGUUGCUGAUGCUGCCGUUAUUGGAAUACCAGUAAACGAUGACGAGCGUCCUCGGGCAUACAUUGUGCUCAAGGCAGGGCAAAGCGCCACCGCGAGCGAUAUAAUCGCCUUCAUGGAUGGCAAAGUCUCAGCAAUCAAGAGAAUCACUGGUGGAGUAAUCUUUGUCGAGGCCAUUCCUAAGAACCCGUCUGGGAAAAUCUUGCGCAAAGUGCUUCGAGACCAAGCCAGGGAGGAGACCCAACAGACUGGUGUCACCGCUAAGCUAUAG